UACAUAAAAAUGUCAAAUUGUAAGCUAACCACUUGUUAUAUUCUGUCUUGUAUUGCUAUUCGGUGGUUUUGUGUGUCUAUCUUGUCUUUCUGCUUGGAGCCUAGGUGAGAGAGACUAAGGGAAGGUUAUAAUGUGUGGUGGUAUCCUUUGGCAGUAUGGCUCCCUGUGCAGGACUCAUGAGUCAUCAAUGGUGGAUCAGAUUGAUUCAAAGCAGCGGCUCAGUCUGUAUGUGUAAAAUAUAUGUGUGUAACUUUAGAGUAAACUUUUGUUUGCAAAGUUUCUAUUUUUUAAGCAAAGAUAUGUAAAAGUAUAACCAAUGCAAUUUUCUAUCAUCAUUCUCUUAGAAAAUAAAGAAUAUUUAAUAGUAAAAUGGAUAGACCUUUGAAGAGAAUAUUUUAGCUUUUUUCCAUAUAUUUCUCCUUUUAUAUUGGGCUGGGAAUUUCACUUUAACCUAGCAGUGAACUAGAGACCAGCAUUUGGAAACCACAGACUUAAAAGAUUUGAGAUAUUGUGCAGAUAUAUAAUUUCCCCACCAGUCUCUUCUCCCCAGUAUUGUGAAGGUCAUACUAAGCAGCAUUUGUGUUUCUCCAUGUUAGAGUGUUUGAAUAAACAAGCUAGAUCUUCUGAUGAUCAUCUGAAUAUACCUCCAAUUGCUUAAAGCAAACCCCAUUCAUUCUCCUUCUGGGGAAUUGGAGGCAGAGAAGGUGCUAUGUAGUGGGAAGACAGGAUGCUCAGGCUGGGCCCUCACACUCCAUCAGUCAGUCAGUUUCCUUCUGCUUCCUCCCUCCCUUACGUGUUGACUACCAUAAGAUCUUCCAGGGGGGUUAGAACCCUUGUCACACUUCCCUCAGUGUAAUUAUUAGACAAGUCCUUUGCUUCCCUGAGAGGAGUUCUAGGUAGGAUGACUCAUAUCCUUUUUUGCAACUCUAGGUCUUAAAACAGGGAUGCAGGCAUAGUAGGUGCCUAAAAAAAUGAGUGCGGAGCUAGUUCUGAAUUGCUGAGGGAAUUAUAUGAUGCAAUAUAAGUUUUAUGUGCUAUGCAAGCAAUGUUUGGUUUUUUUUUGGCAAGAGGUAUUUUAAUGCGAAGUAUCAAAACUUUGGGAAGAGAGAAAAUUGAUCCUUUGAACAGUUCUAUGAGUCCAUUACAUUUUUCUUCUAUGUUGUGAGAAAACAAACUGUAAUUGGGAUUCGUGUGGGGCUGAUUAGCUUCCUAGGAGGCGCAUCCUGUGCCCUCCUCCCCGUGCUGCAUGGAGGCGCCCAGAUAGGAACCUUUUGCUUGACUUGCUUAUCAUCUAGUUUUAAUUUUUAAGGCCGGAAGAUUUUUUAAAAUUUAUUUAUUUAUUUUAUGUAUGUCAGUACACUGUAACUGUACAGAUGGUUGUGAGCCUUCAUGUGGUUGUUGGGAAUUGAUUUUUAGGACCUGUGCUCGCUCCAGUCGGCCCCACUUGGCUUGGCCUGGUGUGCUCCGGUCAAAAGAUUUAUUUAUUAUUAAACGUAAGAAGAAAAUACGGUGGGACCCAGUUAGGAGGCGCUUCAUUCAGUCCUGUCCCAUCAUAAGGAUCCCUAACAGGUUCUUGAGAGGCCACAGACCUCCCCCAGCCCGCAGUGGACACCGUUGUGUGGCAGACAAUACCAAUCUCUAUGUGUUUGGAGGGUAUAACCCAGACUAUGAUGAAUCGGGAGGGCCGGAUAACGAAGACUACCCUCUCUUCAGGGAGCUUUGGCGGUAUCAUUUUGCAACAGGCGUGUGGCACCAGAUGGGUACAGAUGGCUACAUGCCCCGGGAAUUGGCAUCAAUGUCACUUGUGCUGCAUGGAAACAACCUGUUAGUGUUCGGAGGUACAGGCAUCCCGUUUGGUGAGAGCAACGGCAAUGACGUCCAUGUCUGCAAUGUGAAGUACAAGAGAUGGGCUCUACUCAGCUGUCGGGGGAAGAGGCCCAGCCGUAUAUACGGACAGGCCAUGGCCCUCAUCAAUGGGUCCCUUUAUGUCUUUGGGGGAACAACCGGCUACAUCUAUAGCACAGACCUGCACAAGUUAGAUCUCAACACCAUGGUGUGGACACAACUCAAACCAAACAACCUGUCCUGUGACCUGCCGGAGGAGAGGUACAGACAUGAAAUUGCUCAUGACGGGCAGAGGAUUUACAUCUUGGGAGGAGGUACUUCCUGGACAGCCUAUUCCUUAAACAAGAUCCAUGCAUACAACCUUGAAACAAAUGCAUGGGAGGAGAUCGCAACAAAACCUCAUGAAAAAAUAGGUUUUCCUGCAGCCCGACGAUGUCACAGUUGUGUUCAAAUUAAAAAUGAUGUCUUCAUUUGUGGGGGCUAUAAUGGAGAAGUGAUCCUGGGAGACAUCUGGAAGCUGAAUCUGCAGACGUUUCAGUGGGUGAAGCUCCCUGCCACCAUGCCAGAGCCCGUUUACUUUCACUGUGCGGCUGUCACUCCUGCUGGUUGCAUGUACAUCCACGGAGGAGUGGUGAACAUCCAUGAAAACAAACGGACUGGGUCGCUGUUUAAGAUCUGGCUGGUGGUACCUAGCCUGCUGGAACUGGCAUGGGAGAAGCUGCUCGCGGCCUUCCCCAACCUAGCAAACCUCUCCCGAACACAGCUCCUGCACCUUGGACUCACACAGGAACUCAUCGAGCGUUUGAAAUGAAGAUUUCUGGACUGUUCAUUGAUACUGGAAAUGUUAAUUUAAAGAGACUCCUUUAUUUAUGGGCAGUGUAGAAUGUGCUACAAAGAGGAUUGGCUACCCUGAUCAAGGCCUUAUUCAGAAAAUACAUCAGAUGCCUUUUUGUGAAUGGGUUUAGUUUAUGGACAUUUCACUUUCUCAUGUGCUUUCUUCUUUGCUCCCCUCCCUCCUGCCCCUCAUAAUGCACCCCACACUUAUGCACUCCCUCUUUCUUGAUGGAGUUGAGGGAAUGUCUGAAAGUCCCUUAAUAAUGUUAAGAAUCAAGAGAGAGAAAUUGUUGCCUUUUUUUUUUAAUUCUGAGCAUAUUGACCAUGUCAACUAACACUACAGAUUAAAAUAUCAUCAACAAACACAAAGCUUAAAAAGCCAGCAACAACAACUCUUGGUCUGGGAGAUAGAGCGAGAACACUAGUCUUGGUAGCCUAGCAGGUUGUUCUUAAGUCUGGAUGUUGAGUUAGUGUUUCUGAGAUGUGCGGAGUGGCUGGACUCAACGGUGCUUCAUGACUUGCUGUAAAAAUGCCUGACCUUGACACUAGCAGGCAGCUCAGUGACGUCUGAUUAGCGAUCCCUUCAAUCCUGUAACGCUCCGGUGGUUAGCGUUGGCCUGCCAAUGUUUAGUGUGUCUGUCAUCAUCACCCUCUGUUGUUGUCUCUCAAAUUAAAUGUAUAUGGCAUCAAGUUCUUUCCAGGCAGUUCUGAACUUCCCUUGUGCUUAUUAAUGGCUUUAAAUAUGUCUUUGACUUCUUGGUGGGGGAUUGUAGACUCUUAAGUGUGUGAUGUAAAUGUCUACGGACAGUAGAUAGAGCACAGCACCCGCACCCUUCAGGCUUAACUGUCUUACCUUCUGCUUGGGGUGCUGGCUUUGACUAGCAUAGCAGCUGCUGCUUUUUUAGAACUUGUUUCUCUUUAAGUCUCUGGACCAUGUCCCUGCGUUUUCUUAAACUGUUGGUUCUUGAUUGCCUCCUGAGCUUGUUGCCUCCUUUGCUGUCCGCUUCUGUGUUCACGAUGCUGUGGUUGCCUAGUGACUGGAGGAAGGUCUUAAGGGAAAAGGUACAGGGUCUCCUUCUCAAGAAGCAGGGGUCAUUGGAGAGCCAGCAGGAGGAAGGGGUGAGACAGGGUGAUUCGCUUCUGUUGGUGAGAGAUUUUGUUUCCUCCUUUCUGGAGAGAAAAGUAACGUACGUUUUUACUCCUUUUGUCCUCAGGCAGCUAGAAGAGCUGAGGAGUGACUUGUGUAAGCCUAUGGGUGUCCAUAGGUGCAGUCAGGAUGCUAGAGGCCUGCAGGAGGGUGCAGCCAGUCCCCCCUGCAGGCUCCUUGCAGAGGAGACAUGUAGGAGAUUUCAAACACAUUUUUCCUUUAAGUGCCUCUUUUCCACCUAGCUUUAAUAUUAUUCAUUUUCUUUUAGCCCAAAAGAGAUCUCUUUAGUUGAUAUGAAAUAAAAGUCACCUUUGAGUUACAGUAAAAAAACGUUCCUGCCCGGUGUGCAGUCUUAGAGAGGUCUCCUCCCUUUGGCUCCCAACAGGCCUUAUGCUCCAUCCGUGUGGGUUAAGUUAGUGGAGCCUUUGCUCUGUGGUCCUGAGUGAAGCCCUUAUCUCUGAGUGAGGGGAUGGACCUGCGUUUCUGGGGUCUUAACCCCCAGCUCUGGCCACUUCCUGUUGGUGUGGCUUUUACUUCCUGCCACCGAUAGGCGCACUCCUCAUAAGACCCCUCUCCAGAGCAAGUCAGCCUGAGCCACUGUGUGCUCAAAACUGUGACUCUGGGCCAGGUCUCCUGGACACAUGGUGGAAGUGUAUCCCAAACUAAAUAAGCCAUGUUUUCUAGGGUGACAGAAGGAUAUUUGUCAUUGGUUUAUAUAGGGACCAAAGGCAAUGUUCAGCCUCUGUGCUUUGACUCCCAUGGUCCUUGGACAACUGAGGCUGACUCUGGUUCUGUUACACUAGAAAGCUGUAGAAAGGGGGCUGAUUCAAGCCAACACUUGUUGGCAUCCUUUUUAAGCCAGUUGAAGGCAGUCUCUUUGAGAUGGAUGUUGGAGGCCUGACAUCAACGACCUUCUGUAUCUUAGAAGUGCAUGUUGGGUCUAAAGUGUCUUUGAAUAGAACACUAGCGAAAGUGGUGCAGGAAGCAGCUGAAUGCCGCAGCCACUCACGCACAUGUUCUGGAUGCCAAAUGACUGUGGAGAAGGACUUAAAGGAAGGUGACUGGAUCCUCUCUAAGGGUCACCAGCAUUUUGGUUUCUCUAUAACCAGCACUCGGGAUUCCCAGUGGCAUCACCUGGUGUGGGAAGGUUGUGAUGCCUGCUGCCCCCCUGCCUUUUUGAGGUGCGCCCAGACAUCUUCCUGCAGUCCUGGAAGUAGAAGUGCAAUAUGUAGAAACAUAUGGUCUGUACAGAUUAUGUAGAAUCGACGAGUGUAAAGCAGUGACACCACUCUUUGUACCUGUCUUGGGCAAGUCAACUUAUUACCUUAGAGUAGAAUUAUGCCAAGAACUUUUAGUGUGAUCAUAAGCCAACUUCUUGGUAAAGCUGGAUUUCUUUCAGGUCCAUGUUUUCUUAUUCUAGUUAUAAAAAAAAAGGUCUGUUCCUCAGUUUGCUAGGAGCUGAGGGUUUCCCAUCCCUGUUUGUACUGCCUCCCAUUUGCAUGUCUUGCCCAGGAAUAAGGAAGUCCACUUGAAAGUGUUGCCCAGGUAGAGAAUUGAAACCUAAUGUUAAUACAGCCCCCCCCCCCAUAUACGCUAACUUAUCUGGGAAUGUAAUACCUUAUUAAAUGAUGUUUUCUUUACGAUAAGGUAUUUUCCACUUUACAGAAAACUGCAAACCAGUAUAUAAUAGAUUGAAACUUUACCUGCUUUUCAGGACAAACAAAACCCUUCCUUCCCACUGGCAGAAAUCAUCUUUCAGGGCCUAAUGAUUUGAUAUAAAAGCUUGCUUUAUAGCAUUCAUGUCCAGUACAGAGCUAGAUUUUAAAAUUAUAUAUAUGAUGAAAAUAUUAACAUUUCUAGAUUAAAAGUAUGACUGAUCUUUCGUUAUCCACUGUAGCAAGGUGAAAGCACACACAAUCGAAAUCCAUAGAUAAUCAGUGUUUAGCCUUCUCCUUCAAACAGUUGAUUUACAUAUCUUGUCCCUUCCUGUCCUUCUUCCACACACAUCCCCUUUUCAAGGGACGAGAAGUCAGAGAAGGAAAAGAAGCUCAAAGAAGGGCCAGCAGCUAGCCAGGCCAGGCUCCCAGUUAACUUAGACACUGGUAGGAAAAUGACCACCGGUGGGAACCUUGAGCACAGCCUGCUGCUGAGUUCUCUGCUGCUUCCUGACCAGAGAGAACUCUUAGUUCCUGUGGGAUGAACAGGCUGUGUUGAACAGAAACAGAAACCCCACUGUCUGAGCACAUUUCCUGGCUCUUGGCAAAGCUUGCUUUUUUGUUUCCUCCUUUGGAGUCACCUUCUGCAGUCUGAUGUCCUGGUGUGCAGCAAGGGUGCUCUGUCCUCUCGGACUGUGUUGGUUUUGUCCCCUGUAAAAGCAGUUUGCUGUUCUGUGGUCUUAGUGAUGCUUAGAGAGUGGCCCUCCCACCAACACUCUGACGUAGCACAAAAAGCCAUUUUCCUUUUUGUUUUCUGUUGUUUCCUGGUGUUGGGCUUCAGGGUGAAUGCAGGAGGAUUUAUUGUUACAGCCACGCUUUUCAAGAGCUGGUUACCAUAGGUGUAAAUUCCAUUGGUCCCCAGGUACCUUAGAGCUCUGGUAGCUUUGGCUGGGCCUGAAGCAGGCUCAGUGGGGGUUCUGGGACCUAUGUCUAUAUGUUGUCACCCGUCCAUAAGUUUGUGAGAUUUGGAAGAAAAAAAAAAUAUCUUCCCUUGUCUGGUGUCAAAAGCAGAGCUGUGCUUCGAUGGUAGCGCCAUCUCCUUGGUGGUCUUUCCAUGUUGUUAAUCUUUUUUAAAACUUUUGAGAAGUUUUUUUAAAGGCCCCACUUAGUCUGCAGAGGGCGAGUCAGAGGCAGUUUUCAGAGAAAAGGCCAAUUUCACUAAGUAGUUGUGAUUGCUGUUGUGUUAGUUACACAGCAGGAAUAUAAAGGAGGCAGGGGGAAGCUACUGGCUGGGGUAGUCUUAGGGAGCUCACAGGCUUCUCCCUGCAGAGGCAGUAGGGACAGGCAGGAAAGGUCAGCCUCCCUUUGGAGCUGUUCCCAGGCUGGGCCAGGCUCUACUCUUCCUGCAGGCAGUGGAGGCCAUACACAGUGCUUGCCUUACUUCAAAGCUCUUUGCCACAGUCCUGUUGCACAGUGUGGACGUCCUUUUGCAGUCUGGUGUGCAUGCCAUGUGAGCAGGACAGCUUUCCCGCCUCUCCCGGUUUCCUAUGAGCAAGUGAACCUAGCCUGAAACGUUCCACCUGUACUUCCCUACCUUGUCAGUGUUCGCUGUUGGUUUUCUAAAACAAUCUGAUCAAUAAAUCUCUAAAUCUACUUGG